GAGGCCAAGGAAGAUAUUCAGUUCGGUGUUGGUGAUUCGCUGUCACCCAUAUCAGGCACGCACUGCUAUUUAUAUGACUGCUGAGUGUCUCAGGUGGUCUGUGCUGGUGACAGUGAGUGCGAAGCCGCUCGGACACCCACACACACAUGUGAAACAGAGUAAAUAAGACUUGCGAGUAAGAUGAGUCGAAUGCUGUACCCGGACGAUCGCUGCGCCCACAGCCUCUCUGCGGUGACCUGGGAGUGAAGUGUGUGCACGGAGCACUUACAUCGGAUUCUAACUAGAGGCACACGUCUUGACUGCGCUUUUACCACGCCGCCAUGAUGAAACGCAGGCGAGAGAGACUUGGAGCGCCAAACCUUCGACUCCAAAUCUUCUGCCCACUACACUCCCAUGGCCGUGGAAACGAUGUCCAACACCGCACGCUGUCCCCGUCUUCUGCGCCAAACCUUCAACACCUGAAAAUCCCUUACAGUGCAGACUGCGCGCUUGAUGCAUCUCCUCUGUCCUUUCUUACCAACCAGCAGCCACACAGCAACCCGGGUAGCCCCUGUUAUAGCGGGCCGCUACAGUGGAGCUGUCGUACAAGUAAUCGUAAGAGCUUAAUCGUAGUCUCCAGUACCUCCCCGACUCUCCCCCGGCCUCACUCUCCCCUCCAUGGACAUACAGGUAACAGCCCACUGGACAGUCCCCGAAACUUCUCCCCAAAUGCUGCUGCCCACUUCUCCUUUGUCCCUGCGCGAAGCCACGGACACAGGGCGGACAGGACAGACGGCCGUCGCUGGUCCUUGGCGUCAUUACCCUCUUCUGGAUAUGGAACCAACACUCCGAGUUCUACUGUCUCAUCGUCAUGCUCAUCCCAGGAGAAGCUGCACCAGCUGCCGUAUCAGCCGACGGCGGAUGAACUGCACUUCCUGACCAAGCACUUCAGUACCGAGAGCAUCACCGAUGAGGAAGGACGGGAAUCUCCAGCCAUGCGCCCCCGAUCACGAAGCCUCAGUCCCGGACGUUCCCCCAUCUCAUACGAUGGUGAGAUAAUAAUGAUGAAUCAUGUGUACAAAGAGAGAUUCCCCAAGGCCACUGCCCAAAUGGAAGAGAGACUGGCGGAUUUCAUUACCAGCAAUGCUCCAGAGAGUGUCCUUCCGCUGGCAGAUGGUGCCCUGAGCUUCAUUCAUCACCAGGUGAUCGAGCUGGCUCGUGACUGCCUGGGCAAGUCCCGCGAUGGACUCAUUACCUCCCGCUACUUCUAUGAACUCCAGGAGAACUUGGAGAAACUCCUGCAAGAUGCCCAUGAGCGCUCGGAGAGUUCCGAGGUGGCUUUCGUUACCCAACUGGUGAAGAAGUUGAUGAUCGUCAUUGCUCGGCCAGCGAGACUAUUGGAGUGUUUGGAAUUUGACCCAGAGGAAUUCUACCACCUCUUGGAAGCUGCGGAGGGCCAUGCCAAAGAAGGAGAAGGCAUUAAAUCGGACAUUCCCCGCUACAUCAUCAGCCAACUGGGGCUCAACCGGGAUCCCUUGGAGGAAAUGGCCCAGCUGAACAGCUAUGACAGCAGCAGCGCAGAUACCCCGGAGACUGAUGACUCGGUGGAGGGUCGCAGUUCUGCUUUAAUUCAACCAAAGAAAAAACCUUCAGAAGAAGAGUUUGAGAACAUCAAACUUAUCAGCAAUGGUGCUUACGGGGCGGUGUAUUUGGUACGACACAAGGGAACCCGGCAGAGAUUUGCUAUGAAGAAGAUAAAUAAGCAGAAUUUAAUCCUGAGGAACCAGAUCCAGCAAGCGUUCGUGGAGAGGGACAUCCUCACCUUUGCGGAGAACCCCUUCGUGGUCAGCAUGUUCUGUUCAUUCGAGACCAAGCGCCACCUGUGUAUGGUCAUGGAAUAUGUGGAAGGCGGCGACUGCGCCACGCUUCUGAAGAACAUUGGGGCGCUUCCUGUGGAUAUGGCCAGGAUGUAUUUUGCAGAAACUGUUCUGGCGUUAGAAUAUCUUCAUAAUUAUGGGAUUGUCCACCGGGAUCUGAAACCAGAUAAUCUCCUUAUUACCUCUAUGGGGCACGUUAAACUGACCGAUUUUGGGCUCUCUAAGAUCGGGUUGAUGAGCCUGACCACAAAUCUGUACGAGGGUCACAUUGAGAAGGACACAAGAGAGUUCCUGGAUAAACAAGUUUGUGGUACCCCAGAGUACAUUGCUCCUGAGGUGAUCCUGAGACAGGGUUAUGGAAAGCCCGUGGACUGGUGGGCGAUGGGCGUCAUUCUUUACGAAUUUUUAGUUGGCUGUGUCCCGUUCUUUGGAGACACCCCAGAGGAGCUGUUUGGCCAGGUGAUUAGUGAUGAGAUUGCGUGGCCAGAGGGGGAGGAUGCUCUACCGGCUGAUUCUCAGGAUCUCAUCUCCAAAUGCCUCCGCCAAAGCCCCCUGGAGCGUAUGGGAACAGGUGGAACCUUUGAGGUCAAGCAGCACCGAUUCUUCAAGGACCUGGACUGGAACGGGCUGCUUCGGCAAAAAGCAGAGUUUAUCCCCCAGCUGGAAUCGGAAGAUGACACCAGUUAUUUUGACACUCGCUCAGAAAGGUAUCAGCACAUGGACUCUGAGGAGGAGGACGAUACCAACGAUGAAGAUCGUGUGGAGAUAAGACAGUUCUCCUCCUGUUCCCCCAGGUUCAAUAAGGUGUACAGCAGUAUGGAGCGUCUAUCGAUCCAGGAGGAGAGGGUCCCACCCCCGACCAAGCGUAGUCUCAGCGAGGAGAAGGACGACAAGUUAGACUGCUUGGGGGGGCUAAAGAACAGAGACCGGGGCUGGGUGAUUGGAUCCCCUGAAAUCCUCCGCAAACGCCUUUCCACCUCCGAGUCUUCGCACACCGAGAGUGAUUCCAGCCCUCCCCUCACCGUGCGCAGACGCUGCUCCGGCCUGGUGGACAUGCCACGCUUCGCCAUCACAUCUGACGAGGCGCGGCACAAAAAUACAUCAACGCCAACCUCCUUCCCCGCAGAAGGGUCUGGGCUUCCCCUUCUGCAGCAGCCUGUGGAGCGAGAGCUGAAACUGGAUGAAGAUUCGGUGGCAACUACACCAUCGUCAACCAUCAGCAACAUCAGUAGCUCCACAACACUGACAGCCGGCAGUGCGGCGGAUGCCUCCGAUCUGAGCUGCAACAUUACCCCCGACUUCACCACCCCGAAUGCAAUCAGCGACUUGGCUGUGAGGAGAGCCCGGCACAGACUGCUAUCGGGGGACUCGGGAGAAAAGCGCACUUCCAGACCGGUCAAUAAAGUGAUCAAGUCUGCCUCAGCCACUGCCCUCUCUCUAAUGAUCCCCUCCGAUCAUCAUAUGUGUUCUCCUCUCGCGAGCCCAAUGUCUCCACAUUCCCUGUCCUCCAACCCUUCCUCGCGAGAUUCUUCCCCAAGUAGAGAUUUCUCUCCCGCUGUCUCCCACCUUAAGCCUCCAAUCCUCAUACAUCGUGCAGGGAAAAAAUAUGGCUUCACCCUUCGAGCCAUUCGCGUGUACAUGGGGGAGAGUGACGUCUACACUGUCCAUCAUAUGGUCUGGCAUGUUGAAGAGGACGGUCCUGCCAAUGAGGCCGGUCUGCGAGAAGGCGACCUCAUCACUCAUGUUAAUGGAGAACCAGUCCAUGGUCUGGUCCAUACAGAAGUUGUUCAACUAAUCCUGAAGAGCGGGAGUAAAGUGUCCAUUUCCACUACUCCUUUUGAGAAUACUUCAAUCAAAGUCGGACCAGCGCGGAAAGCCAGUCACAAGUCUAGGAUGGCACGUCGCAACAAGAAGAGCAAAACCAAGGACGGGCAGGAGAGUAAGAAAAAGUCAUCUUUGUUUCGGAAGAUCACAAAGCAAGCAUCACUUCUCCACACCAGCCGUAGCCUGACCUCCCUAAACCGCUCCCUCUCCUCCGGAGAGAGUGUGCCGGGAUCUCCGACGCACGUCUUGUCCCCUCGCUCUCCAACCCAGAGCAGCCGGUCUCCUCCCGACUCUGCACACUCCGUGGGUGGAAACUCAUCUCAGAGCAGUUCCCCAAGCUCCAGUGUUCCCAACUCCCCAGCCAGCUCUGGACAUAUCCGACCUAGUUCUCUACAUGGGCUUGCUCCGAAGCUUCAACGGCAGUACCGGUCUCCUAGGAGGAAAUCUGCUGGCAAUAUACCACUCUCCCCUUUGGCACAUACCCCAUCACCCACAUCUCAGUCCACCUCUCCCCAGCGGUCUCCCUCCCCGUUACCAGGACAUAGUCUUAGUAACUGCAACCUUCUGCACUCCUUUCCUGUUAAGCUGCAUUCAUCCCCACCCCUUGUCCGACAGAUUUCACGGCCCAAGAGCGCAGAGCCUCCCAGAUCUCCACUGCUGAAAAGGGUCCAGUCUGCCGAGAAGCUGUCUGGCUCGUUGUUAUGUGAGAAGAAGCUGGCUUCCUCUCGUAAACACAGCCUGGACAUCUCCCACUCAGACUUCAAAAAAGAGUUGAUGCAGAGAGACUUAAGCCUGCAGUGUCUACCGGAGGCCAUGAAUGAGAGCAGCGGAGGAAAGCUUGGACUCGCCGAAAAGGGGACAUUGCAGAAACCGUCUUCUCGAAAGCUUGGGGCCAUUCGGCAAGACAGGGCGGAGAGAAGAGAGUCUCUGCAGAAACAGGAAGCUAUACGAGAAGUGGAUUCUUCAGAAGAUGAAACAGAUGAUGGGUCAGAAGAUAGCCAGGAUGGAAGGAGACUAAAUAGGUCAUCAUUUCACACUGACCAAGAUUCGGGUUCCGGUUUCAGCGACGAGAAGGACUCCUUCCAAGUUCAUCGCAAGAGCAGAACGGAUGAUGCCUCUUUCCUACCCCAGAUCUUCAGGAGUAGAAGUGAACCUAAAGGACCAUAUGUCCUGGCUCCUGACUCCACUUCUCCCAAGUUAUCCACCUGUAAAUCUAAAACACUCCCAGAAACAUACCUGGACAGAGCUGCUCAGUCAAAAACUCUAGAACACAAAGCAAAUGUAACACAUGAAAGAAAGGAUGCAACCCCUAAACCACUCCAAGAAGGUAGCCAAGAGGAUAGCCCACAAGGCUUUGAAGUGCAACCUGGUGUUGUCCAUCUAUUAGCCGACCAUGUGAAGCAGCCCAGCAGUGGUACUAAUGUACCCCUCGCAGAAAGUUUAGAAGAGCCUGAACAUACUCAAGCUGAUGUUCCUGUGAGAUCCCCCACGCAGUCAGCACUUUCUCUUGCAGACAUUUCAGAGCCUGACCCAGUACGCUGCCCCGCUGCUGUUGUACAGUACGUGUCUAUUGUCAGCGACCAUGGGCUGCAGAGACCUGAAACACAAUGCACUUUACUAAAUGAGGAGAACUUGCAUCCUGGCAAAACAGGAGCUGUGUCCUGCUCCCCGGUGCUCAGUGACAAAGCUGCUGAGACUUCUCACGUUACCAAGGUGGCCAAAAGUGUCUUAGGACCAGUGAAGCUUCUCAUACCCGGAACCAGGGAAUACAGUGAGCAAUGGGGAAGCAGGGAAAACUGUGUGAAGCAGAAGAGAUCCACCAUUUCACGAUCGGAAUCUGUGCAAGAGAACAUAAGAUCAGUUUGCGCUGAGGGGGUUUUCAGGACAUGCUCGUCCCUCAGCGAGUGCACUGUGGCCGCUAUAUCCCGUCAGGGGGACUCUAUACCCUUCACUGAUAACUCUGAGCUCUCGCUAGUGUUUGGCGCUGUGGAUCCUAGACAGGUUACGCCAAUGCACACUGACGCUGCGGUGAGCUCCUGUUCACUCAGUGGGAAAGAGGGAAAGAAGACGCAAGAGAGAAGAAGCACAGAGACUGGGAAUAGCCCCCAGAACUGUCCCCCAUCGCAUAUGCAUGUAGUGAAAAAUACAUAGCAGGCCCCAGUUAUAUGGGAUGGGACUGCGCUACCCACUAGGAUGAGAACUGUAUAUCUCUAUGUAGAUUACCGUUGGGGAUUUGUUUUUCUGGUUUCAUGUUGGAAUUUUUGCUUCGACAUUUCUCUGCCAGCGGGAAGGGGGUAAUUGUACUUUUUGGGUCUGCGGAGUGAUACCUCUCCCUGACACUGAGAGGGCUCCUGGCCGCAGUGUCCUAGUGAUAACAGGGUGUUCUCCUCAAUAUGGGGAGUAUUCUUCACAGUCGCACAUUAAACAUUCAUGCAGAGAGCAACCCGUGUCAAGAAACUAUUUCUUAUGCACUUUUAUGAGCAAUAUUUUUUAUUUCAGAAAAUCUGCAACACAUUUCUGGAAUAUUUCAAUAUCCAAUAAUCCAUCCCUCCCCCACCCCCCACCCCCCAUUUUAAAUUCAACAUAUCCCCUUGCUUAAUCUCAUAAGGCAAAAUAUGGUCCUAUCUCCUGACUAUCCCAAACAGUUCACACCCUUGUCAUCUCUCUGACUAUAAUGUGUCGGUUUAGCACAAUAUACAGAAUUAUUUGCAGAGUUUACUGCUUGGCUCUCCUGAGACCAGGAAUACAGUGUAAUACAAUAUAAUACAAUGUGGCCGGCAGAUUAAUGAGAUGCCAGUCCUGAAAUCAUUUCUCGCUACUACACAAAGGAUAGCCAGGGUCACAGUGAUUACAUUUAUAAUUCAAGUGCUCCCUCGUCUGGUUGUAACUUGUAAUAACCCAGUUCUGUGUAGUAUUUUGUUUUUUAGAAGAUUUUAUUUUAAAAUGAAAGGUACUUCUCCAUGUUUACAGUUUUAUAGACUUUACCGGUGAACAAUGUCGCACAAGUAUAAAUAGCUAAUUUAGUUGAUUUGUAGUAAAGAAAAGAUUGUGGUGACUGAAAGCGGAAAAAAGUUAUUUAGCGUGAGACACUAUUAGUAAAGUGUUAAUCUGGGUUUACGGAUGAGAAUUAAUUAUCCUGCAUCAUAUGUGUGGGUAGAAUAGAGUCGCUGGCUUUCUGGUUUGUGUUCAUGAUACCGUAGAGAAUGGCGCAGUGUUGUAUCACAUUAUAGGGCAAUGUUACAGCGUUGAUGCAGGGAAGGAUAGAUUCUCUUUUCCAUCCUGUAGCCCUGUCUGGGUCUCACUACCUAAUGUCAGGUUCUAUUGGGGCAAUACAUUUCUCCAUACAGUGUAAAAGGCCAUCUGCUAGAGGCGACUUUUAUCAACCCUCUCUAUCAGUGUAUUAAAUUCAGGCUUAAUCAUACUUAGUAUUUAUUACUUGCCAUUGGCUGCAAUUCAAAACCUGAGAAAUGUAUGGAAUGUACAUCCGGCAGAUCUGAGAAAAUCUGGGUGCAGAUAGUAAGUUCCUCUCUAUCUGUGCCCUGCACAUCUGCCUCUACCCUUGGGGUGAGUGCUGACCUGAACCAACCUCUGACAGUAGCAACAAAAACCUUCUGUUUACGGCAAUAGUGUUUACGUUUACCGCGCGCUGUGAACUGCGCAGCGCUCAGGGGUUCCUGUGGUGUCUCUCGUGAAGGCUCAUGUGUUUUGUUUUUUUACAUAUAUAAAUAUAUAUAAAUAUAUUUUUUUUUCCAUGAGCUAGUUGGAUGUAGCGCUAGGAGUGCAGAUAAACUUGUGGAGUUGAAUGGUAGAUUUGGGAUGGGGGUGGGUGGGGAGUUCUUUUUUUAAUUUUCAAGGAAAAAAAAAUCUGAAAGAUGUUGUUACUAUUUCAUGAAAGUUAAACUGAAGAAACUUGUUUGAGAUUUUGGGUCGGAGAUCUGAUCCUGUAGAUGUUGCUGGGAAUUAUGGUUGUGUGAUUGCGGAAUGGUGCGGAGCCUCCACUCACUGCAUCCAAUAAACUGAUUUUUGCUUCUCUCA